UCGCGCUUCUCCCUCCGUGGCGUAGUGUUUGGCGUUACCAUGGAGUCUGGAGAGGCCCGCGGAUGCUGUUUGUUGCCAGGGUAACCCCAGCGGCAGAAGGCAACCGUGGCGGCGGCUGCAGGGCUGCGAUGGUGACAAACCCGGUGCACGGCCUGCCCUUUCUCCCGGGCUCGUCCUUUACGGACUCCACGAAAACAGCAUUCCACAGAAGCCAGACGCUCGGCUACAGGAACGGCUACGCAGUUGUUCGACGUCCGACGGUGGGGAUAGGCGGAGACCGGCUCCACUACAAUCAGCUGUCUCAGGCCGAGCUGGAUGAGCUGGCCAAUAAAGCCCCCAUCUUAACUUAUGGGCCACCCAAGCAGGCCCCACCUGCAGAGUUUGUCCCUGCGCAUGUGGCUUUUGACAAAAAGGUGCUGAAAUUUAGCGCCUACUUCCAAGAAGAUGUUCCCAUAUCAAGCGAGGAGCACUACCGAAUCCGCCACGUGAACAUGUACUACUAUCUAGAGGAUGACAGUAUGUCUGUCAUAGAGCCCGUUGUGGAGAACUCCGGGAUCCCGCAGGGCAAGCUAGUCAAGCGCCAGCGGCUAGCCAAGAACAAUGUGGGAGACCACUACCACUGGAAAGACCUCAAUCGGGGAAUUGACAUCACAAUUUAUGGCAAAACUUUCCGAAUUGUCGACUGUGACCGAUUCACCCAGGAAUUUUUGGAAAGUCAAGGAAUUGAAGUGAAUCCACCAGAGAAAAUGCCUCUCGAUCCUUACACUGAACUCCGGAAAAAACCUGUUCGUAAAUACAUCACCCCAUCAGACUUUGACCAACUGAAGCAAUUCCUCACCUUUGACAAACAAGUCCUUCGAUUCUAUGCCAUCUGGGACGACACGGAUAGCUUGUUUGGAGAGUGCCGACAGUACAUCAUUCACUACUACCUCAUGGACGAUACUGUGGAGAUCCGAGAGGUCCAUGAACGGAACAACGGAAGAGACCCCUUCCCACUCCUCAUGAACCGCCAGCGCAUGCCCAAGAUUUUGGUGGAGAAUGCAAAGAACUUCCCUCAGUGUGUGCUGGAGAUCUCUGAUCAGGAGGUGCUGGAGUGGUACACUGCCAAGGACUUCAUUGUGGGGAAGCCGCUCACCAUCCUCGGGAGGACCUUCUUCAUUUACGACUGUGAUCCGUUCACCCGACGGUACUACAGAGACAAGUUCGGGAUGCCUGAUUUACCACGCGUUGAUGUGAGCAAGCACGAGCCACCUCCUGUAAAACAGGAGUUACCUCCCUACAAUGGCUAUGGACUGAUCGAAGACUCUGCUCAGAAUUGUUUUGCUCUCAUUCCCAAAGCUCCUAGAAAAGAUGUCAUUAAAAUGUUGGUGAAUGACAACAAGGUGCUCCGCUUUCUGGCUGCACUGGAAUCCCCUAUCCCGGAAGACAAAGACCGGCGCUUUAUCUUCUCUUAUUUUCUUGCCACCGAUAUGAUCAGUAUCUUUGAGCCUCCUGUUCGAAAUUCUGGUAUCAUUGGGGGUAAAUUCCUGGGCAGAACUAAAGUUGUUAAACCAUUCUCUUCGGUUGACAACCCUAUCUACUAUGGACCAAGUGACUUCUUCAUCGGUGCCGUGAUUGAGGUGUUCGGCCAUCGCUUCGUCAUCCUCGAUACAGAUGAAUACGUUUUAAAAUACAUGGAGAGCAACGCUUCCCAGUAUUCCCCAGAAGCCCUCGCCUCCAUCAAGAACCGCAUCCAGAAGCAGGAUGUGCAGGAGGCUCCGGCACCAGAAUCAGAAAACCAGCAAGCUACGGAGGAACCCAAGGAACAGGACCUGGAGACUCUGAUAGACACCAUCCAGAUGCACCUGAAAGACCAUUCCUGCCAAGAUAACCUCCGUGAAACGUUUCAAAUAUAUGACAAGGAGGGUUCUGGAUACGUAGACAAAGAGACGUUCUUUAAAGUCUGUGACACUCUUAACAUCCCAGUCAAUGACUCUUUGAUUAAAGAGUUAAUCAGGAUGUGCACCCAAGGAGAAGGCAGGAUUAACUACUAUAACUUUGUUCGAGCUUUCUCCAACUGACCUGAAUGAGAGAAUGCGAUAUAAAUCUUUGACACUGAGCUGAUGUCAAGAAACCUACUUUGUAUUUAUCAUACAAGUAUUCACGUCACUCGGUUUUGGCUCUUCUAUUUCACUAUUGCUGAAGUCUAAAAUAAAUUCAUUUAUCAAAGAAUGGAAGACCGGUGCCUUGGAGUGGCAGAGGUACCAUGGUAGUUUUAGCUUAUGGGGUCCAGGGGGUUCUAGGAUUCGCCAAACAGUAUCCUGAAUAUGUCUCUAUCGGUGCUUGGGAUGAGGCUAACAUCUGAAUUGGUAGACUAGUAAAAUAAACUUCAGAGUAAGCAGACCCUCAGCAGUAAUUUGCAAGCCUGAAACACAAACUGACCCACCCCUGAGUAAGAGAAUCCCCCUGCCUGGCUGCCUUUAAACUGCCACACAGCCUUCUCUGGUCCUCAGAUGCAAACCUGUUGUGUACUAAGUGUGCGGCCAACAGACUGGAGCCGGACCCAGAGCUAGGUUCAGCUUGCAGACUCAGCCCACACAAGCACAUACACUACCUCAUACCACACCACAGCACACACAAUUAGUUUUCUGAUUCUUUGGGAAGCUUAAUAUGGACGUAGAAGGAUGAAGAACAGAAGGGAUGGUAGACUUCUCUGGAAACAUCUGGAACAUCGAAAAUAAGGUUCACAGCAGCGCUGUCGCUGCUGGCCAAGGGCCUCUCUCCCCACCCAUCAGCUUCCCUCCAUGUCGUAGGGAAAUAUAUGACAUGCUUUUCAGAGUGUAAUUCUAAGUCCAUCAGUAGAGUAAAAACUGGGGGCCUGAGGUCUGGCUCAGGGGGAGAAUACUUUCAUAGUACAUACAAGAACCAACAAUACCAUCAAAAACAAAGUUUACAAAAAUGGAAUAGAGAAUAGUGCGGUGUACAUAGUAGGGCGCCUAUUUUCAUAAAAUCUGUGUGUUUACUGGGAUACAAUGUAAAUAUCUCUAGGAAAGAAUUCCUUUUAGAGAGUGUCACCUAGAAGAGGAGCAGGGCAAGACUAGUCACACUUUCAGGCUCUCCAAUGAGCUCAGAUUGACAGCCAUCGAUGUUCUUCUAUGAAUCAGCCAUGCCAGAUUCUUCCCUGUCACCCAAAACAUGCAACAGUGAGGAUGAAGUCAUACAGGACCAGAACGCCCAGGUCCUCUCAGAAUUACCGGGGCUGAGGGAGGGGCUCCCUGGUUUUGCCUUUUGCAAGGCAUUAAGACACAUCGAAGUAGCUUGUCCAAAGGGUUCCUUUCAGUUCUAGGCUAUCUCGGGAAGAAACCAGGUUCGUUUCCUCCCAUCAUUUCUAGCUGUCUGAAGUUUUAUUUCUCAGUGCUUUAGAAAAUCUGUUUUAGUCUAAAUUAGCCAAGCUUUAUCCGGUUUGCUCCAUCCAGUUCUGCCCCAGGCCUGGGAGCCUUCAGUACAGAGUGUGCCAGACAAGUAGAGUCCUCCUCUGGCUGCUGCAUCCCUUCUCUCAGCUUUGGAAUAGCUAAGAAUAUCCAGAAAGCUGGAAAAGCACAUAGCAUUUCUCUCAUUGGUUAGUAAUAUCAUUUGUAGCCAGGGCUGGCUAAGUGACAUGUGCCAAAGACGGGCUUAUUCUCACUCACAGGGCACUUUUCUUGAGGGAGCUCUUAGGUCAUUUUUCAAAGAAAUCCUGUGCAUGAUCCCUGUCCCCAACUACUGAGCUCUAAGGACACACUCCCUAGGCUCCUUUCCUUCCUCAGAAGGGUCUCUUGGCGGGGGUCACCUCAGGGUACUAUGCCCCUCUAGGGUAGGCACUAUAGUUAGGGAGGUCAAUUCCUUUUCCUUGGACUUAUUUUAAGAAUCAGCCACCCCAAAUACGCUUUCUAGAUUCCAGAGGACUGAGCCAGGGAGAUGGCCCUGUGGGCGAAAGUGCUAGCAGUGAAAUUCUGAUGGCUUGAGUUCAAAUCCAUGGCCCCCAAGUAAGAGCCGUCGCAGUCCAUGGCCUGAGUUCAAAUCCAUGGCCCCCAAGUAAGAGCCGUCGCAGUCCAUGCAUCUGUAAUCCCAGCACUUCUUCGGUGAUAUGAGAUGCGGAGACGGGAGUGUCCCCAGGAAAGUCACAGGCCAGCUAUCCUAGAUUGCCCAGUGCAAUGGCAACCGAGAGGCUCCACCUCAAAGUAGAAGACAAGGAAUGACUUGAGCACAGUUGUCCUCUGAUCCCCAUAUGCUCCCCAUGGCAUGCACCCCCUCAAAUAUGUGCACGUACACUAGAUGUUUUUCAAGAGUUGAAACUUGGGCGAGUUGAGUGAUGGUACCCUCGGCAUUCUGAAAGCCCCCUGAGAAAUUCAUACCGUCUAUCAUUCCCAGCCAUCCCUGCCUUCCGUGGAAGGGGGAAGCCUACAGAAGCAAUGGCCUGCUCCUUGGCUAUCUUUCACAUAUGUGUCCAGCCGGUAGCAUACGGAAACCCUUCUUAUUCUUUUCCCACUGGCUUUGGGCUUUUUGCUGAAAUAGAGGCCAUCUCUUUUAGAUCUUCUCCCUCCCCUUUGAAGUUUAAGCACCUUCAUCCCUGUCUUAGUCAGGGGUGUUCUGUUGCAGUGAGAGACACCGUGAUCAUGGGGACUCUUACAAAGGAAAGCAUUUAAUUGGGGCUGGCUUACAGUUUCAGAGGUUUCGUCCAUUAUCAUCAUGGUGGGAUAUGGUGGCAUGCACACAGACUUGGUGCUGGAGAAGGAGCUGAGGGUUCUACCUCUGGAUCCACAGACAACAGGAAAAGAGAAGAGUGGGCUUUUAAAACCCUAAAACCCACCCCCAGUGACAUGCUUCCUCCAAUUGGGCCACACCCACUUGGACAAGGCCACACCUCCUAAUCCCUCUCAAGUAGCACUAUUCCCUAAUGACCAAGUAAGUAUGCAAAUACAUGAGCCUAUGGGGGCCAUUCCUAUUCAAACCACCACCCCCUUCAAUCUCAGUUCUAUCCACUUAUUUCUUUUCUUUUCCAUGAGAUACCGUACAGAUAGCGCUUACCAUUGCCCACUGUAGUCCCAAGAGACAUUGGUCUUACGUAAGGCUGGCACACUCAUUCUGUAAGCUUGUUUCCCAUGCCUCAUCUCGCAUCUUUCAAACUGACCCAAGACUGAGCAGACCUGAUAACAAAUAUCCCGACGAGGUCUGAGAGGUAUCUCACAGAAGACCGGAGCUGACGGGAAUGCCUGUGGAAGUAGCACACACACUGUCCACUACACAAUCAGAGCAGAUCACUUCUGAGACCCUGAAGAGGCCUGCGGCCACAAGGUGCCACUAAGUACCAUAUGAUACUGUCGCAACUGGCAUGCAUCUUGAGCCCUGGGCUCAGGUGAUGGAUGACAGCUCAGUGAUAACUGUAGUGAGCACCACUGAGAGAUGACCACCCCUUCAAAUACGCCACAGCAUGGCCAGUUACCGUCUGCAGGGGCAGCGCACUGGUAGCCACGUCCAUCAGAUUUAACUGAAGGAUGUGUUCAAGGCUCAUAAGGAUAGUUCAUUGGUGGUGGGCCACUGUUCAGUCCAGGGUAUGUCCCCCAAAUACACCACGAGGGGGCCUUGAACAUACUGUUGUGAUUAAGGGGAUUCCCUUUGUGUCUACAAAGCUUCAGUAUGUUCAGGACAAGCAGGCGAAGAAGAGGUUCUCUAAAUAUUGUUUCCAAGGGCUCCCGGGUAUGUGAUUUUUUUUAAUAUCCUGUUGGCGCACAAGCACAAGCACGUUUAUUAACAUCAGUUUAUCCAGGUAAGGGCACGCACACCUGCAAUCCCAGCAUUCGGGCUGGAAGACUGCUUAUGUCCCAGGCCAACCUAGUCUGCAAUGCAGUGGAGGCAAGCCAGAACUAUACUGUAAGACCCGGGCUCAAAAACAAAAACAAAUCAGCCAGUUUAAAAGUGGGCACGGUGGCACAUACCUGUGAUCCAAGCUUUUAGGUGGCAGAGGCUGGAUUGCCAGGAGUUUGAGGCCAACCUGGGCUAGGAAACCAGCAACAGCCCAGCCUGUCUCAAAAAUAAAUGAUAUAUAGUUUUAUGUGUACCAUGAACUCAACGCUGUUGUCGCCGCCAAACCCUGGGAAACAAAACUGGCGGGACACAGAUGAGAAACGGGCUAGCUUACCUUAGCUCACCGCCGGAUGUUGCCCGGCGUGCCACAUGGGAGCAGGAUGGGAACCAUCUGCACCAGAGCUUGCUGCCAUCAGUCCCACUCACCUCAAGGAAGUCUCUGGGUGGUGUUUACCCCUGUGGGUUCCCUUGGCUAGCUACCACCGGCAACUGCACCCACCUCCUGAGCACACUCCCCAAGGAUGGUUCUGGAAAAUGCAGCCACAGCUGCAUGCAAUAGCAGGGCAUUUACGCCACACCAGCCACCCUAUUGCUGCCCUUCUUACCAAACUGGGACAUUGCAUUCACAGAGACCAAGACCUACAUCUCCUUCAAGCUGCGUGACAUUGCUGGAGAGUAGUAAGAGCAUGGAGGACUACCUGAAGGAGGGGACAUCCAACUUACAAAACCUGUUAGGAAAUCCCCUUUUCGAACUCACUGUUACAGAUGAGAUAAAAAUGAUACAUGCUAACCCAGUUACGACACAGUGAACCAUUUUAGACACAACAGUUACAGUUUACAUGAAUGCGUGUUUUUCCAAAGUGAAAACAAAUGGAAGAAUAAAGACUAAAUAAUAUUUAUCCAUAAAACCACACCAGUGAGUUCUACCAGAAAUGGUUAUGACCAAUAAUUCUAUGCUCUUUAUUCAGGUAUUUCAGAAAAUAUUUGAUCAUUUGUUCCAAAAUUACAUUUUAAAAAAUCCAUACAAAACUGUAGCUUGUUUCCAAAAACCAGAGAGAAACAGCGCAAAAAGGACUUUGAAAAAAAAAAUUCACCAAAAGUAAAAAGACACCCCUCCCCCCAACUGUUUUAUACGAAAGCAUAAAUACUCAGUUACACAUUUUCCUUGAGUUCCUUGUUGAAUUUGGUCCAUAACACGAACAGGUUAACGUAGAGAAACAGUCCAUGUGUCCACACUUGCAUUCUGCGUUGCCCAGGGCACCAGCUCCUCUUCUCAUCCUCCAGGUGUUUUGUUAAACAGGGUAACUGAAAAGUGAGGUUUCCUCACACGCCAAUCUGUGCCCCAAAGAAGGACAGCACUCACGGUCACAGCCAGGUCCUGGGUGGGAGGGUGGGGGGCAGCGCUCACCACUGUGGCUGAUUCUUGGAUAUAAUCUCCAUCCUCCCCACAGGGACAAAAACUCUGGAAUGCCUUCCGUGGUGAGGGUGAUGCUGGCAACACCAGAGCGGACCCUAUUCCCAGACAGGGAUAAUGUCCCAGCCUGAGGAUUUUGUUUUUCCUUUCAACACAUUUAAAAAAAAAAAAUAAGGAUCUCUAAGACAA